AUGUCAAAAUCUCAUAAUGACUCUUCUUCGCACUUUCAACAAUCUCAUUAUCAAAAUCACAAUAAUACUCAACAUGACCAUUAUAACGAAGUUGAAGAAUUUGUGACAAUCGAAAAAAAUAUUGUCACGUCACAAAAUGUUGAAGAACUUUUCGAUAAG